AAGAAUGAAAUUCUUCGAGAAUGUCUCUACAUACGACUACUCCUUCCCAGCCGUGUCGCUGGCUUACUUCCUCCGCUAUCCUAACCCGUACUCUCGCCAUGUUCUAACCACUGAUGUCAUUGACCGUUAUGUCGACCCGGACACGAAACGCCUCCACACCAUUCGUCUGCACCUCAAGAAGUCUAAGGUACCGUCGGGGAUUCUGAAGUUGCUGCCAAAGGGAAUGGGCGGCUCGGACAGUUCCGGACAGAGCUACAUCCUCGAAACGACCAUCGUUGACGUCAAUGAAGGCUGGAUGAGGACUGAGUCGCGCAACAUGGAGUGGACCGGGAUCCUGAGUGUGGUGGAAAAGCAAUUCUACCAACGUCAGCCGCUGGAGGGGGCUCUCGACCGACUUCAAGGGCUUCACCUCGACGCCAAGUUGAGCGAACAGACAACAGUCAAGACAACGGUCACGUUCCACUCCCGAUUCGGGCAAGGAAAGUUACUUGGCCGGAGAAAGGCAGAAGCCGGUGAUCAAGUGGUCGAGGUCGAGGAUGAGGCUCCCAAGAGAGGCUUCUUCACGUCACUAUCCACGGCAGGCAUCCAGCGCACGAUUGAGCUAAUUGGCUUGAAUCGUACCCGUGACGCUAUCCUCAAGAGUAAACAAGGCAUGAAUGUCGUCCUGGAACGUCUGCGCAGCGGUGGUAUUGUCGGUGUCCUCGAGGGCAUGCGCCAGGAUCGGGAAGCCAUUGUCGGGCCGGAGGGUCCGUGGAAGCGCGUUUGGCUCAGAGGUAACGGGGAAGAUGAUGAACAUUGACUUCGAAGCGUCUGAGUGUUGGGUGAAGACGAUUCGCUUCCAAGAAACAUAUUUUCGACAUUCCAGCG